GCUGUUUAUGCCGCUGGCUUGACAGGCUUGGACAUCGACGGCUGCGAGACCUAUGGCAUCGCUAACCAGCUCGCUGACCCUGUAGAGGCAAACUCGUGCUCGCGAGUCUUGCGUCUGGCGGAGGACGAUGAUGCGCCGCUGCUCCUCCGGGCCUCGAAAACCGGGAUCGGAAAUGCAAUGCAUGCUGGCAGCGGAGUGAGCCUAAUGCAGGCCAUUCUGACAAGCAUUGCUGGAAGCAUCGGCCCGACCAUGCAUUUGCGACAGUCGAAUCCAUACCUGGAUAUUACUGAGCUGCCGCUGCACUUUGUGUCCGAGGUGGUUCCUUUCCGCAUGGCCUCUACGUUCAUGACCUCCUUUGGCCGCGGCUUCGGCGGCACCAAC